AAAUGCCUGGCACGCCUGGGCAGCAGGGCAGAACUCAGGGCACGCGCAGGGCUUCCAAGUGUCUUGCCCAUCCAGCUUCAACCAUGGCAGAGCGCUCUGACAAAGUUCCUAUCACCCUGGUGGGACCCGACGACGUGGAGUUUGGCAGUCCCCCGGCGUACGCCACCGUGACCGUGAAGCCCGCCAGCCCCGCGAGGCUGCUCAAGGUCGGAGCUGUGGUCCUCAUUUCAGGGGCGGUGCUGCUCCUCUUCGGGACCAUCGGGGCCUUCUACUUCUGGAAGGGGAGUGACAAUCACAUUUACAAUGUCCAUUAUACCAUGAGUAUCAAUGGAAAAUUGCAAGAUGGGUCAAUGGAAAUAGAUGCUGGGAACAACUUGGAGACCUUUAAAAUGGGAAGUGGAGCUGAAGAAGCAAUUGAAGUAAAUGACUUCCAGAAUGGCAUCACUGGAAUCCGUUUUGCUGGGGGACAGAAGUGUUACAUCAAAGCACAGACAAAGGCUCGUGUUCCUGAGGUGGACACCAUGGCCAAACAAAGCAUCUCCUCUGAGCUGGAGGGAAAGAUCAUGCCAGUUAAGAAUGAAGAAAAUUCGCUUAUCUGGGUGGCUGUUGACCAGCCUGUGAAGGACAGCAGCUUCUUGAGUUCUAAAGUCCUUGAACUCUGUGGCAACCUCCCUAUUUUCUGGCUUAAGCCUACAUAUCCAAAAGCACUUGUUGCAGAAAUCCAGAGGGAAAAACGAGAUGUAGCAAGAAACAUCAUUCCAUCUACCACCAGGAGACCACUCAGUGGGCCACGGGGCAGCCCAGGCCCAGGAAGAUGGAAUAACGCAACCAGGCCCAGUGUUCAAGAGGAUGAGGAGAGCUUCAAUCCUGAUAAUCCUUACCACCAGCAGGAAGGAGAAAGCAUGACAUUUGACCCAAGACUGGAUCAUGAAGGAAUAUGCUGUAUAGAAUGUAGGCGGAGCUACACUCACUGCCAGAAGAUCUGUGAACCCCUGGGGGGCUACUACCCAUGGCCAUACAAUUAUCAAGGCUGUCGUUCUGCUUGCAGAGUUAUCAUGCCAUGUAACUGGUGGGUUGCCCGCAUCUUGGGCAUGGUGUAAAAUCACUUCAUAAAUCAGAUAUUGUCAGGCAAGAACGAACUUCAGAAUUGACAUCCAAGAAGCAUAAAGCAUGUUCAAGUCAACGGAUCACAGAGACGUGAGUAGUGUGUGUAAACGUAUUGAAAGGACAGUUUGUCUACAGUUAUAUUCCUUCAAUAUUUGCUUCAACAUUAAAGCCUUUGCUUUUCCAAGCUAUUCUGAAAUAAACAAAAAACUCAUAAACUCAAAUUCCUUUUAAUCAA